UCCAAGUGGACAAGGCUGCACAUAUUCUUUAUAGAAGAUAUCAACGGUCCUGUUCACUUUCUCCAAUUACCAUACUCACCUGCAUAAAUAUUACACAGAGACAGCGGUCUCUCACACACUGGUGAAUAUGUAUCACUCACAAAUUGAACUUACACAAAAUCCUCUGGAGAAGAUCUGGGUGCCAUGGAUGAGCAGCAGGCUGAGACGGAGAAGAGGCUCAUCAGUACCGCAGUUCACCAACUCUCCCACCAUGAUUGUGAUGGUUGGUCUGCCUGCGCGUGGAAAGACCUACAUCUCGAAGAAACUCACACGCUACCUCAACUGGAUUGGAGUUCCCACCAAAGUGUUUAACGUUGGACAGUACCGCAGGGAUGCUGUACGCAGCUAUAAGAGUUAUGAAUUCUUCCGCCCAGACAAUGAAGAGGCCAUGAAAAUUCGCAAAGCUUGUGCUCUGGCGGCACUGAAGGAUGUCUUUUGUUACUUUACUCAAGAUCAUGGACAAGUGGCAGUAUUCGAUGCGACCAACACAACAAGAGAACGUAGAGAGGUGAUUCUCGCGUUUGCUAAAGAGAACGGCUAUAAAGUAUUUUUUGUUGAGUCUCUUUGUGAUGACCCAGAAAUCAUUGCAGAAAACAUCAAGCAAGUGAAGCUGAGCAGUCCUGAUUAUGUUAACUGUGAUAAAGAGGAGGCUGUGACUGACUUCCUUAAGAGAAUAGACUGCUACAAACUCACAUACGUUCCUUUAGAUGAUGACAAAGACAGCAACCUGUCAUACAUUAAGAUCUUUAAUGUGGGCAGCAGGUACCUGGUUAAUCAGGUUCAGGAUCAUAUUCAGAGCAGGAUCGUCUAUUAUCUGAUGAACAUCCAUGUCACCCCUCGCACUAUCUACCUCUGUCGUCAUGGAGAGAGUGAACUCAACCUUUUGGGGCGUAUCGGAGGUGAUUCUGGCCUCUCGCCACGAGGAAUGAAGUUUGCUGCAGCUCUAGGCACAUACAUCAGGGGUCAGUGCAUCCUGGAUCUGAAGAUCUGGACCAGUCACAUGAGGAGAACAAUCCAGACUGCAGAGGCAAUCGGAACACCUUAUGAACAGUGGAAAGCACUGAAUGAGAUCGAUGCAGGUGUGUGUGAGGAGAUGACUUACGAAGAGAUUCAAGAUCACUUUCCUGAGGAGUUUGCUCUCAGAGACCAAGACAAAUACCGGUACCGCUAUCCAAAGGGUGAAUCCUAUGAGGAUCUGGUUCAGCGUUUAGAGCCUGUUAUCAUGGAACUUGAGCGCCAGGAGAAUGUUCUGGUCAUAUGUCAUCAGGCUGUCAUGCGUUGUCUGCUGGCGUACUUCCUGGACAAAAGCUCAGACGAGCUGCCUUAUCUGAAGUGUCCUCUGCAUACAGUGAUGAAACUCACUCCUGUUGCAUAUGGAUGUGAAGUUGAGUCAAAUUUCUUAAAUGUUGAAGCAGUAAACACACACAGAGACAGACCUGUGAAUGUGGAUGUGAACAGAGAUCCAGAGGACGCUUUACUGACCGUACCAGAACACAACUAGACAAGACCACAAAAAAUACACCAGUUCAGUUCUCUAAAUGAUUACAUAUAAUUUUUUAUUUCUAGGGCCUUCUGACCUUAGAUAUUAUUUUGUAAUAAUUGCAAUAAUUUUGGGGUAAAUUGGGGUAUUAUUCUGCGGUGUUGAUGUUACUCAGAUCUUUUGACAAAAUUGUAUAAAAUUAUGUUCAAUCAUUUGAUGAAAACAUUUAUGAACAAGAAAUGCCAACUACUUUUAAUGGUUAUUUAGACUUAUACAUUGGUGUCAUGAAAAUGUAAAAGCUAUAGAUGGUUGAUGUGUAACGUAAAAGAUUAAUUGAGUCUUUUAAACACCUAAUUUUGCAGCGUGAUGAUGAUCCUGCUUUAUGAGUCAUACGACUUUCAGUUUGGAGACGUCACAGCUGACCAGAUCAUUUCAGCUUUCAAACCGCAACUCACAGAGUUCAUUAAAGGUGAAGACAGUAAUUUUUUAUUGUGUUGUUCUGUAUGACAGUCUACAUCAGGGGUCCUCAAAUAGCAGAACACAUUCUGGUUCUUGGUUCCAACUGGACUGUGAAACCUAAUGACAACAGUAGCACCAUUUACCCAUAUUUGUAUAGUUUAAAGUGAGCAGUGCAUCAAAACAACAAAGCACAAUCCACAAAUCACUCAGGGUCAUUUUUGGUAUCUUUCGACAUUAUAUCCUAAAAUUUGUAUCUAGUGCAAACACUUCAUUUAAGCCCUUUCUGUUCCUUGCAGAUUGCUUGUCUCCCUCAUUAAAGAGUGUCACAGAUGAAA